AUGGAAUCCUGGCUGAAUAACAACAUCCCGGACUCUGCUAUCCAGCUAGCUGGGCUAACAUGCUACCGUGCUGACCGAGCCUUUAUGGAAGGAGGCAAGACUUGCGGCGGGGGAGUGUGUGUUCACAUCAGCGAUGCUUGGUGCCGGAAUGCUACUGUUGUGCACAAACACUGUUCUCCGUUGGCAGAGUUUAUCAUCAUCAAGUGCCGAUCCAUCUACCUACCGAGGGAGUUUACAUCGAUUCUGCUUGUUGCUGUUUACAUCCCUCCCAAAGCUAACACCAAUGUUAGGAGCAAGGCACUCAAUGAACUCUACCAGGCCAUCAGUGAGCAACAGACAGCGCACCCAGACGGAUUCCUCAUCACAGCAAGUGACUUCAUUCAUGCAGAUUUAAAGGUUUUACUGCCCAAAUUACAUCAACAUAUGGACUUUCCAACAAGAGGAAUAUUCUGCACAACAAAGGCGGACAUAUGUUUGUCUUCCCCAUGUCAGAAUGGAGGCACAUGCAUCAAAGCAAUGGCUGACUAUACAUGUUUAUGCCCAGAGGAACCACUUAUCUAUAUAGGCAAAGACUGUGAGCUACUGUAUGAUGCUUGUGUGCAUGUCAACUGUCAUAACUGCAUCAGCACCCUAGGAAUAGAUAACUACUUCUGUCCAUGUCCAGAGGGCUUUGAAGGCCCUGACUGUGCUCAUAACUUGGACAACUGUAAGAGCAACCCAUGCACUGGAAUAAAGAACCGCUGUGUGAAUGUGGUUAAUGGAUAUUCCUGUCACUGCCCUAGUGGCUACAGUGGCGAGGACUGCCAGACUCAUGUGAUGGACUGCUCAGAUAAUCCCUGCUUUAACAAUGCAACCUGCAUACAGGCAUCACAUGGCUAUGAGUGCAAGUGUGGUCGUGGUUUUCAGGGGAACUACUGUGAACAUAAUAUUGACGAAUGCCUGUCUCAGCCUUGUCAGAAUGGUGCCAUCUGCCUUGAUGGUAUUGAUGUGUACCACUGCUUCUGUGUGCCUGGAUUUCAAGGUUACAACUGUGAGAUAGACAUUAAUGAGUGCGCUUCCCAGCCCUGUAAGAACAAUGGAAUAUGUACUAAUGGGAAGGACCGUUACGUCUGUGAAUGUCUGAUAGGGUUCACAGGAUUGAACUGUGAAGUUGAGAUCAAUGAGUGUGACGAGACUCCAUGUCAGAAUGGUGCUACAUGCCAUGACUAUGUGGGGUUAUAUACAUGCGAGUGUGUUCCUGGAUUUGAAGGCAUCAGCUGUGAAGUGGAUAUCAAUGAGUGUAUCAGUGUGCCAUGCCUCAACAAUGGCUCAUGUAUUGAUUUGGUGAACAGAUAUGAGUGUGACUGCAGUGGGACAGGGUUUGCUGGGCCAGUCUGUGAGGAGGAGAUUCUUGAGUGUGCAUCUGAGCCCUGUCAGCAUGGAGCCACAUGUAAUGAGAGAAUUAAUCAAUACACCUGUCAGUGCUGGCCAGGUUAUGAGGGGAAGAACUGUGAAAUGGAUGUGGAUGAAUGUGAGGCUCAACCUUGCAAGAAUGGUGGCAAGUGUUUCCAGCGCUCGGACCAAAGACAUUAUGGUGACUUGGCCCAGCUGGGCCCGUCUUUCAGCUAUGAGUAUGCUUCCGGCUUUCUGUGCAAAUGCUUGUCUGGCUUUACAGGUGAAACCUGUUCAGUUAACAUAGAUGAUUGUGAAUUUGCACCAUGCCUAAAUGGUGGAAGGUGUGAAGAUCUAAUUAAUGCAUAUCAAUGUUUUUGCUCUCCGGGGUUCACAGGUUUCAUAUGUGAUGUGAACAUUGAUGAGUGCAAAAGUGCACCUUGUCAGAAUGAUGCCAUUUGUGAGGAUGCCAUUAAUGACUAUAUCUGUCACUGCCCUGUAUCUGCACCUGACCAGCUGCCUUGGGGUGGUCGUAACUGUGACAUUGCUUUGACUGGCUGUAUGGAUGAGCCCUGCAACAAUGGAGGCAUGUGUGAGCCUUUCUUACAUGGAGACAAACACCUUUUUAGGUGCAAGUGUAAUUCUGGCUUUUAUGGUGACAACUGUAGCAUUCCCACCACUUUCUCAUUCUCUAAAGCAGCCUAUGUGGUGGCGGAGGUUCCUUAUAACAAGACUUAUAACAGUGAGGCAACCAGUGUUUCGCUGCGGUUCAGGACAACUUUACCAGAUGCUGUGCUGUUCUUCAGGGGAAAUGCACAGCAUUUUUUAACACUGGAGAUGAAUGAUGGAAAGCUCUUUGCUACAGCAGAAUCAGGGGGCUUAAAGCUGGUGGUGGAACUUCAUAGUAAUUUUAACAAUGGAUUGUGGCAUGCAGUGUCUGUUUCUGUAGAUAAGAUGCUGGUUCUGAGUUUAUUAGAUAAGAAUUACACAUAUAUUGAGCAGACAGAUCACAACCAGCGUCUUUUUUUUCCUCCACACUGUCUGGAUAAAGUGUACAUUGGUGGGGUCCCAAAAGAUUAUCUGAAUAAAACAAAGACACAGACAGGAUUUGUUGGUUGCAUGGAGGACUUUUUCAUCAGUUCUCAGCUUAUUCUGCCCCAUAACUUCUCCCAAGAGAAUGCCAUUUACAUCCAACUGGGCUGUGAAAAGCCUGAAUGGUGUCAUGUAGAUUCUUGCUCUCAUCAAGGACAAUGUGUAGACAUUUGGACUGAAUACAAGUGUGACUGCCACAGGCCAUUUUAUGGAAACAUCUGUUCUUAUGAGUACCCUUCAUGGACAUUCAGCUAUGAGCAUAAUAGAAGCUUUGCUGUAUUUCCCAUAACUCGGAGCCAUGCUGGUAACAUCAGUGUAUCAUUUUUAUUGCGAACACUGAAUAACAGUGGCCUUAUUCUCCAGUUGAAACGAGGGAAUUGGGCAUAUUUCUCAGUGUUCCUGAGGAGAGGCACAAUAAAUGUUGCUGUGUACUCUUCUAUUAGAGAGAGUUCUACAUUCAUCACAGAUGGGGAGAAGGUGCUGAUUACCAUUGAUGUCCUGGGAGGAUUUUUAUACUUCAAUCACACAGAAAUACUUUUUAGGCCUGGGGCUUUUCCUGAACUUCAAGUUCAGGCAGGAGAUGUGGUAUAUCUUGGUGGACUUCCUGAUGAAAGUGAUACUAUACCUUGGGGUGGCCAUUUCAAAGGUUGCCUCCAGGAUGUACGUCUGGAUGACAUUCAGCUGUGCAUGAGCUUUACCGAUAUAAUCAAAAUGCAUGAACAACCAAUCUACAUAGCAGAUAUUUCACAUAACUUGCUGGAGCACUGUGUCAGUGAUGAAGCAUGUAAGGGGAGACCAUGCCUGAAUGGAGGAGAAUGCAUGAUCAAGUGGAAUGACUUCAUCUGUUCCUGUCCACUCAACUAUGUUGGAAAGACAUGUGAUAUUCGGGUGUGGUGUGCUAGCAAUCCAUGUGUCAUGGGUAGCCGGUGUGUGGACUUGCCUGAUGGAUAUGAAUGCUUGGCCAAUGCCACAUUUGAAAACAGUGCUUUAAAGUACAGUGCCAGUGGCUCUUUAUCUGCUCCUGUGACAUUGGUUUCUGUGAAAUUGCGGACUCGUUCAGAGAAUGGCACACUUCUUCGUACCUCCAAUGGCCUAGAGUUUUUCUACAUGGGCCUCAUGAAUUCCUUCAUACUGGUCAAGAUCCACAAAAGCCAGGAGGUGCUGGCUUUGUACAGUGAGGUGGAGGUUUCAGAUGGAGAAUGGCACCAUGUGGAGCUCAGGAAGACAGGUUCACGCCAUGUUUUGUCUCUUUGGAACCUCACUGUGGAUGGGCAAGUGGCUGGUUUGAGCCAAGCAUUUGCUGCCAACUUGGAUUUCUUUAACCAUUCUACUGUGUGGCUAGCAGAUAAUUUCACCGGCUGUCUUGGUGAAGUCAGAAUAGGGGGAGUGUAUCUGCCACUGGUGGGGGGCAUUUAUGAAGAAGCGCCUCAGUUUUCACAAUUUAUCCAAUAUGGCAGCACAAAGGAACCACAAAUUGGGUGCAGUGGUGCACCCUUGUGUCUCCUGCAUCCUUGUUUGAAUAACGGCUCAUGUCAAGACCUCUUUAAUCACUAUAGCUGUAACUGUGCCCCAGGCUGGCAGGGUGAAAACUGCCAGGAUGAUGUCAAUGAAUGCAUCUCUGGGCCUUGUAUUCAUGGGACCUGCAGGAACCUGCCUGGAGAAUACCUAUGCCAGUGUGCCCAGGGCUACAGGGGGAAACACUGUGAAGAGGAUGUAGAUGAAUGCCAAGAGCUACAUUGUGAGAACACAGGGUCAUGUGUGAACACUGUGGGUGGAUACACUUGCAUCUGUCCACCAGCGUACAGUGGUCCAUUCUGCCAAUGGAGCUUCCCUCCACUGCAGUGUGGCAUAAAUGUGCAAUGUACUAAUGGAGGAAUCUGUUUGGAUGGACCCUGGGGGGCCAACUGUACCUGCAGACUUGGAUACACUGGAGGGAGAUGUGAGAUUGACAUCGAUGAUUGUGAGUCCAAACCCUGUCUCAAUGGAGCUACCUGCAUGGACCAGCAGAAUUCUUACCACUGUGAGUGCUUGCCUGGUUUCAGUGGACUUAACUGCGAGGUUCGCAGGCAGCAGCAGGGGGAGAGCAUUCCCUGGCUUGUAGUGGCAAUCCCACUGAUGUGUUUUGCUGUUUUGCUGGCCAUGGUGGGUUUGGGGUGCAUGAUGCUCACUGCACGAAGAAAACGACAGUCUGAAGGCACCUACAGCCCCAGCCAACAAGAAGUGGCAGGAGCUCGUCUUGAGAUGGGCAGCGUACUUAAAGUCCCUCCUGAGGAAAGGCUGAUUUAA